UAAUUAUAUAUAUGCUUUAAGAAAGCAUACUCAAGUUGAAUCAGCUAUUAGAGUAAUAUAGUUAGUCCAAAAUGAAUGAUGCAUAGGAACUUCUUAUUCUGGAAUAACAAUUAUAAGUAAAACAUUAAUAAAGAUGUUUUUAGCAUACAACUUCAGAGUUCCAUGCAUUGAAGGUUUCAUAUGAGAAGUACUAUGAUAUUUGGAGAGAGCUUCUAUUACAGAAUGAGUGUCAACCUACUGACACUAUUGUAAUUCGUUAAGUUGGGUCAGGAAAGAAGAGUCUUCUCAAAUAGCAACUUAGUUCCAAUAUCGACCCUCUACUGUAUCCAAGCAUAUCAUAACAAGUGCUACUGUUUAACAUCUUAAUGCUAUAUCACUUAAAGAGUUAGACACAUUAACCAAAUUGAUUCAAAGUGAGCCUGUUUUCCAAACUCCAACUUUUGUCACUGACUCAGAUAUCCCUCUUGAUCGAUUAAUUGAAAUCAAAAGAAAUCAAAUCUCCAAAGAAACAUCACCUAUAUGUGUAUGGAUAAUUGAUUACUGGUCUAGUAUUGAAAGAUUUACCAGGAUAUUUGAUCAAUAUAUCAAUCUAAUCAGCAAAUAUGAAGCCAAACUCUAAAAUUCUAUCAAAACAUCUUCAGAAUUAAGUAUUCAUAAAUAACUGAGUAAAUUCACUUAUUAUUCUAGACUUAUCAUCAGAUGAGAUCAAAAAAAAAAGUAUUUCUGAAAAAAACUUGAAUCUCUAAAAAGAUUCUUGUAUAUAAUGUUGUUAAUUCUGAAGAAAUCAAAAAUUUCAAAUUAUGAGUAGGUGUGUGUAUAUCUAUA